AAAAUGAAACCUUUCUUAAUCCAAAUCAGUGUCCUCCCGUCCUUGUCGCCCUGAAUUGGACUCCAAACCAUUCCCUUCCUCCUCUCGAAUCAAUCGCCCAAUGCUUCGCUUUCCCUGCUAAUCUCGUCUUCCCUGCUAAUCUCGUCCCACCAAGAUUUCUCCGCUUCUUCAUCUUUGGACUCCACUUUCUUCUUCUUCGUCGUCUUCUUCUUCUCCUCCUCUUCCUAAGAUUUCAACUUUCUUUUCUGCUACACCUCCAAUCCAGCGAUGCGCGGCGGCAGCGGCGGCCAAAUGAUCUCCAUUUACCCGGAAGAACUCAGCUUCGAAGUUGAGUUGGAGAAGCCAUCUUCUUGCAAUAUCAAGGUCGUCAACAACACGGAGCACCACGUCGCCUUCAAGGUGAAAACGACGUCUCCUAAGAAGUAUUUUGUUCGCCCUAAUGCAAGCGUCGUACAACCUUGGGACUCAUGUACUGUGACAGUCACUCUCCAAGCUCAAAAGGAGCUUCCGCCGGAUAUGCAAUGCAAGGAUAAAUUCCUCAUUCAGAGUGCUAAGGUGCCCCCGACUAGCCACAUUGAUGAAAUUCCUAAAGAUACGUUCAAUAAAGAAGUUGAAAGGGUGAUAGAGGAUCUCAAACUUAGGGUUGUGUACAUUCCCCGCUCGGAAAAUGGCCAUGCAAAUCCCGAAGAGGAGUCUGGUAGAACGUCUGAUGUACUUCAAAAGUUGAAGGAAGAACGUGAUUUGAUUCUUCAUCAAAAUCAUCAGUUCAAAAGGGAGUUGGAAAUGUUGAACAAACGAAGAAGCCGCAAAAGUGAUGCUGGUUUUUCGAUGACUUUUGCUGCAUUUGCCGGCCUCAUUGGUAUAACAUUUGGGUUCAUCCUGAACCUUCUAUUCACUGCAUCACCAACUUCAUGAAUUUCAUUAGCCAACCUUCAGAGUUCAAUCAAAAUUUCAUCUCUGGAGGCCAUCUCCAUUUGUUUUUUCUGAUUCAUUAAACGUUUCCCCCUCUCAUUUGCUACCUAAGAAGGAGAUUACAUCAGUCCCAAUGCUCACUUCUGUGGCCUUGGGCGUGCUUUUGCUGUUUGACCUCUUGGAGUUGGAGAAAAAAGGAACUCGAAGAUAAUCCAUUUUUGCAUGUGGUUUUACUCCAUUGUUUUUUUUCUGUAUGCCGAGAAAUAUUGAAAACUUGAUGUAGAAUGGGUUUGAUGUUUUUUGAUUUCAAGAAAGAAUGCAUUAUUCAUUUUAUC